AUGGUCGAGACCGACCUCGUCCCGCGCAUUGGGGCUGCGAUCCAAUGGUCAGUCGAGUCGCCCGCUCACGUUGUUAUCACCUUGCUCGGCGCGGUAGUCCUCUUCCAUGUCGUACCAUACAUCACCAACACCGCUUGUAUCAAGUAUCCCGGCCCCUUCUUCGCCAAGUUUACCGACUUCUGGCUGCUGAGGACAGCUCUGAUCGGUCACCGCUUCGAGGAGGUUCACAAACAGCAUCAGAAGUAUGGCAAAUUCGUCCGUAUCGCUCCAAAUCAUGUUUCUAUCGCCGAUCACGAGGCGCUGCAACCCAUCUACGGCCACGGUACCGGCACGCUCAAGCCUGCGUACUACGACGCAUUUGUACCGCCUCGUCCCUUCCCACGCGGUCUGUUCAACACGCGCGACCGUGCCGAGCAUACGCGCAAGCGAAAGAUCGUUUCGCAUACAUUUGCACCCAAGACCAUCGUCGCUUUCGAGCCCUUCAUUCGCCGUGAGGUGCAGCUUCUGCUCGAACGAUGGGACGAGUUCUGCGACAAGGCUACCAAGGACAACACGGAAGGACCUCGUGGUAUCAAGGGCCGUGCUUGGCUUGACUCGCUCAUGUGGCUCAACUACUUUGCCUUUGACACGAUCGGUGCGCUGGCGUUUGGCAAAACAUUUGGCAUGCUCGAGAACGGCGUGGAUCAGGCCAAGGUCGAGUACGAGGAUGCCAACGGAAACAAACAGGUCGAUUACUGCUCAGCGGUUCAGAUUAUCAACGAACGAGGAGAAUUUUCUGGCACCAUGGGUCUGGCUCCUGUGUGGAUGCGCCCGUAUCUGAUCAAACUGCCCUGGUUCUCGAGCAGGUUGAAGUCGGUCAAGAAGCUCACAGGGAUCGCGCUCGCACGUGUCAAUGAUCGUCUGCAAAAUGGCUCCGAGCGUGAAGACCUGCUCGCUAAACUGCAAGCUGCCAAAGACGACCGCGGUGAACCGAUGGGCAAGAUGGAACUGACCGCGGAAGCACUCACCCAGCUCAUCGCUGGCUCUGACACAACGUCUAACACUUCUUGCGCUAUCGUGUACCACCUGGCUACGCACCCGGACAAGAUGCGCAAGCUGCAGGCCGAACUUGACCGCGAACUGGAGCAUGCCGAAGAGGUACCGUUGCAUGCCGAUGUGCAGGAGCUGCCGUACCUGCAAGCGGUGCUAAGCGAGUCGCUGCGUUACCAUUCGACCUCUGCUAUUGGUCUUCCGCGUGUCAUUCCCGCUGGUGGUGCUACCGUGUGUGGGCAGCAGUUCCCCAGUGGGACUAUUCUGUCAGUACCAGCGUACACGCUGCACCGCGACAAGUCGGUGUUCGGAGCGGAUGCUGAAGAAUACAAUCCGGAUCGAUGGCUUGCACCUAACGCCAAGCGCGAUUUCGAGAAAGCCUUUAUUCCUUUUUCUGUUGGACCCCGAGCUUGCGUAGGACGCAAUGUGGCCAUGAUGGAGCUUUCCAUUCUGAUCGCUGCCAUUUUCCGACGCUACGACAUUGUGCUCGCCGAGCCCGAUAAGCCGCUGGACACGUUUGAGGGUUUCCUGCGCAAGCCCGUCAAGCUCGAAGUUGGACUUAAGCGACGUAACUGA